CCGGCUUGUAACCCCGGCGGCGCCGUGCGGGCUUCACUCAUGCAAACCCCCUUCUGCCCCAGCCCGGCGGGGAGAGCGCCGCGCCCCGCAUGAAUGACGAAUCUCCAUCUGAAGCAUAAAAGUACUUGAUUCUGGAAAAGUACGUGAAAGCACCUUUAGCGUUAAAAUCAGGAAGAAGUAUGAAAGAACAGUCUGUCUGAUACUGAAUUUCUGGGCCACAACAUCUUGCAGAGAACAAAAAAUGGCUCUCUCUAAAAACAUUGCUGCAAGUAUCCUUGAAGAAUGGUGUUUGGAGGAACCACUGUUUAGGUGUAGGAGACAUCAGAAUGUCAGGAAAAAACUGAGACUGAUACGAAUAAUAGGUCUUUUCAUGAGUAUAAUGGCCAUUAGCACUUUCUCUCUUUCAAUUAGUGCCUUUUUCAAGAUGGAGCCACAUAGCACAGAGAUGACCAGUAAUCUAGGUAGCCAAAAGUCAAUGCAUGGGCAUCAAAGAACUCUGUUGGAUGUCAAGGAACAGAAUCAAAAUGGCACUCCAGAUUCACCUAUUUCUAUGAAAUAUGAAACGGAACACGAUAAUGCAACAGAAGAACACUCCAAGGGAGAGUACCCAAAAGACCUUUUUUCUCUUGCAGAAAGAAGAAGGGGGGCAGUAAUCCUCCAUAUCAUGGGAAUGAUUUACAUGUUCAUAGCCUUAGCCAUAGUCUGUGAUGAAUUCUUUGUUCCUUCAUUGACUGUCAUCACUGAGAAGCUAGCCAUAUCUGAUGACGUGGCUGGGGCAACAUUCAUGGCUGCUGGUGGUUCAGCUCCAGAACUCUUCACAUCUUAUGGAGUCUUUAUAUCUCACAGUAAUGUUGGCAUUGGAACAAUAGUAGGAUCUGCAGUAUUCAAUAUCCUGUUUGUUAUUGGAAUGUGUGCUUUAUUUUCUAGAGAGAUCUUGAAUCUUACCUGGUGGCCGCUCUUUAGGGAUGUGUCUUUUUAUAUCAUGGACUUGAUCUUGCUAAUAAUCUUUUUUUUGGAUAAUUUAAUCAUGUGGUGGGAGAGCUUAACACUACUGAUAGCUUAUUUUUGUUAUGUGACUUUCAUGAAAUUCAACGUUCAAGUAGAAGAAUGUGUGAAAAAAAUUUUAAACAGGAACAAAGUUGAGAAGGUAACAACGGCAGAUUCUGAACAAAAGCCAGCUAAUGCUGGGUACAAGGAUGACCAAACACUGACGACCAAGCCACGUCUCCAGCGAGGCGGGAGCUCUGCAUCUCUCCACAACAGUCUAAUGAGAAACAGCAUCUUUCAGCUUAUGAUUCACACACUCGACCCACUUGCCGAAGAGCUUGGAUCAUAUGGAAAACUAAAAUAUUAUGACUCAAUGACUGAAGAAGGAAAGUUCAAAGAGAAGGCCUCAAUUCUUCAUAAGAUUGCCAAAAAGAAGUGCCAGGUGGAAGACAGUGAAAGAUGGAACGGGGCUGCUAAUCAUGCUGAAAAAAUUGAACUCCCAAAUACUACAAAAGUGGAAGUUGAAGUAACACCACCAAAUGAUGGUUCAGGACCAGUGCAAAAUGGAAACAUUGCCCAUGGAAUUGAAGAGAAUUCAGAAGACAAUGAUGAAGAGCAGCCUCUCAGCCUGGCCUGGCCUGAUACCCUACGCAAACAGGUCAUGUAUCUUGCUGUUUUCCCCAUUGUUUUUCCAUUAUGGAUUACCCUGCCAGAUGUCAGAAAGCCUUCCUCCAGGAAAUUUUUUCCUGUCACAUUCUUUGGAGCAAUCACUUGGAUAGCAGUUUUUUCUUAUUUAAUGGUCUGGUGGGCACAUCAGGUUGGCGAGACCAUUGGCAUUAGUGAAGAAAUCAUGGGAUUGACUAUAUUAGCUGCAGGCACCUCUAUCCCUGACCUAAUUACCAGUGUUAUUGUGGCACGGAAAGGCCUAGGUGAUAUGGCAGUAUCCAGCUCUGUUGGAAGCAACAUCUUUGACAUCACAGUGGGUCUUCCCCUUCCAUGGCUCCUGUAUGCUGCAAUUAACGGCUUCGCUCCGGUGACUGUCAGCAGCAAUGGAUUGUUCUGUGCUAUCGUCCUCCUCUUCAUCAUGCUACUCUUUGUCAUCCUCUCCAUUGCACUCUGCAAGUGGAGGAUGAAUAAAUUCUUGGGCUUCACUAUGUUUGGUCUCUAUUUCAUAUUCCUGAUCGUCAGUGUCCUUCUGGAAGACAAAGUAAUCUUGUGUCCCGUCUCCAUCUAGUAGGAAGUGCCGUUUCUUGAACAAAACAAAUAUCUGCAAUGGACAGCAUCCCCUGAGAAUAAACAGUGGAUCCACAACCCUUACAAAAAUAAAGAGGAUAAAAAGGGCUGGAUUUAAAGUGGAAAAAUUAUUCAGCUGAUGCAUUUGCUGCUGAACAAAACAGUUACAUGUAAGAAGUGAGAUCAGCUACCUUUAGGCUUCUUUGCAUGGUACUUGGAAGAUCUCUGUUCACUGGCAGAGGUCCUGUAUGUGUGUUAUAGCAAUGCAAGUUAUUAUAUAUACUACACAUAUGCUAUGUUUCCCUGUAUCUCUCUUUCUCUAUAUUAAUAUAUGCCUACAUGCAGAAACAAAGAAUAAUAGAUACAUGCAGAUAUAACCUUGCAAGGAGAAUGCUAGUUCCAUUUCAGGGAAGCACAAACCUCUAGUUGGGGAUUUAUGUAGUUACCCGUUGAAUGUAUCAGUGGAAGAUGUUAGCCAACAGCAUCUGCAUGAGUAACAGAUACAAAAGGAUGCACACAUCUCUUCAUUCAGAUGGAUUCAUAUGCUGUGAGCUUGCGCACAUUUUGGACAUCUACACUGCGGACCUUUAGAAGCCCUUGGCAAAGUGAACAUGAUGUUUCAAUAGAAUCCUGCUAAACUCUGCAGGGUCCAGACACUCUGGCUCUAGCAUGAUGGUGAACUGUAGGCUGACUCAUGAUAGUCAAUGGUGAAACCCAAACUGGGGAUUUGUGGCCUCUUCUAGCAUCAUCCCAGCAUGCAAGUAGAAAACACGAAUAAAUGAAUUCACUACUUUUCUAUAGUGCAGCAAUACUAUAAAUAGUACCAAUGUCUUUCUGAUGCUAUUACCACUGUAGGCUUGCCUUUUCAUAUAAGAAAGAAGGCUGGAUUUGUUUGUGUGUAGUAUUUCAUAUAAAAUUUAGAUGCAGCUGCAUGAUGGGAAGCUGCCUACUUGCUGAAGUGAAUAUCCUUUUACAGAAUAUUUUCCACCAUUAUUUGCUGUGAAUAAGUCCUUCACUGUUGCAUACUUUCUUAUCAGCUUUGGGACAGAUCCUCAGCUGAUGUAAAUUGUCACAGCUCCAUAAUGAAGUUAUGAUAACUUAUUCCAGUUGAGGGCCUGCCCCUGUAAGUCUGAGAAUUUAGCAAGGGGGAUCUAACAAUUGUAUUAUGGAGGGGUUGCAGGUUGAAACCCAGGCAGAAAUCUUCUAGAGUUGCUGAAGUGGUAGCAUGUGUUAAUUAUGGAGGUCUAAGGGGACCCAUGAAAGAAGAGAGCCCAUUCCUGCUCAGAUUGAAAUCAUGAGAGGAGAAGCAGGUCCAAAAUUAGAACAAAAAAGCCCCAGGAAAGAGAGAAAAAUCAGUGUUCCUACAGAAAAAGAUUGUACAUCUCCUAUAGUUGGAUAUAAAAUGGGACACUUGAAACCUGAGUAAAAAUUAUUUUGCGUAAUGCCUGUUUGUAUUUCAAGGUCUGUGUUUGGUUAGAGUUCAUGCAAUUUCAUUUUGUAUCUGUUUUCCAGAAGUGACCCAUUUCAGAGUUGUUUCUGGUUUAAAUCCCACCUGCAGUGGAAAUACGCUGCCCAGGACUAUGAACAGAGGGUUCAGCACAUUUUGGUUGGUUGAUUGUUCUGAUGUUAUGGCCAUGUUUUCUUUCUAUAUCUCAUGCUUUCAGCACUUUUGCCCCUCAUUGUAUUCCUUGUAUGUAUGUUUAUAUCUCUACAUAACUAUAUCUGCAUAGAGCAUAAAAACGGAGAAAACAGUAGAUCAAACAGUAAGAAAUAUAUAUUUAUAACAAAAAGAAAAAAGUACAUAUUAUUAAAGUUAAGAUAUUAAUGAACAAAAGCAAGAAGAUUAGGAGUUACAGUUACUAUAGAGUCUGCUACUCACUUCUUGUGCCUAGGAUUUAAUACCCAGGUACAGAAUUGCAUACAAAGCCAGAUUCUGCUCCUAAUUACACACCUGCAGUGCCUUUUGCAUUUUUAGUGGCACUCGUGCCUGUGUAACUGUGAGCAGAAGUUUGCCCGGUGUAUUUCAUAUCCCCUAUUGCUCUGAAAUCCCCUGAUCUGUGCUGCAAUUUUACCUACAGUAGUGCCACUGGCACUGCUCACUAUUUUUUCAUGAAGAUGCAGUUCUGUAAAAGCAGGUGUACAUACUUAUAGUGACCUCAGCAGAAAGCAAUGGCAGUCCUGUGAGGAAAAAAUGCAGGGCCCAAAUUCUGAACUCAGUUACACCAAUAAAGUCCCACUGAUCUCAAGGGGUUUUCACAGCUAUAAGGGAGGGUAGAAUUGGCCCUAACUCUUGUAUGUAUCCCGAGGGAACCACCAAAUCCUUUGUGAUAUCUCAGAUGACAAUACUCACAGUAGCUUUAUCAAACAAAAACAAAGUUUUCAAGUGGCCCCUAGAGCUUUUUCCCUAAGAUGAGAGGAAUAAAAAGAGCUGGUGACCACAAAGAAUAUGUGCAGGACUGUGUCAGUGUGUUGAACCUUUAAGUAAGGUGUAUUUGUAAUCAUACACAAUAUACUGAGAUGCACAAACUCACAAGAGGACACGCAUUUUGCUGAAGUUACAAUAAAUAUCUGAAUAGUACCAGAAACAUCUAGCAAGGUGCACUGUGAUGAAAAGUCUCUUCUGCAGUACUAUGAAACAACUCAUAGGACUGUACUUUAAAGCAGACACAUUAUGUUUCAAAUGAGAUUUAAAAUCUUCUUACACUGGAAUAGGUGAGUCACUCCUUCAAGUGAUAUUCUUUCCCUGUUAGAAAAUGACAUUGACCUUGAAUUGCUGGCCCAGGUGGACAUACCCCAGGUUCAAUGUCUGACAUUUCCUGAAAAGCCUAACAGUUUCCUGCAGCGGUUUUUCCCCUUUAGCCAGGAGGUCCUGGUGCAGGCACAACACUGAAAGGAGAAAUUCAGGGAGGUAGAAAGGAGGGAGACGAGAAAUCUGACAAAAAAUUAUACAUUUUUAAUUCAAAAGAAAGUUAGAAUUGACCUGUAUAAUUAAACAAACUAGUGAAACAUAUUUAUUCAGGCUGAUCUUCCAAGCAUUACUUAUUCCACAUAUAUGCAGAUUAGCGUGUAUGUCAAAUGUUUGCACAGCCACAUGAGAUAUAAAUAGGAUCAGGCAGUCAAAACUAACAGAAAAACUAGCAAGCAAGCAGUGGCUACAGAGGUAAAUGUAAUGCAAUGAUGGAUUGCUAUUUAGUAGGAGAUUAUCUUUCAGGCGUGGCACAGAAAUCAUUUUAUAAAGACAGGAAGUAUGUAAUGUUCAGGUAGUCCUAUACCAACAGAGCAGGCUUACAAAGGCAUUUGCCAUUUAGUUUUUUUUUUUAAAAAGUUCAGACACACCAGUUUGACAUUUAAAACAAUAAAACACACAAACCAGAUUCUGAUCUCAGUUCAGUGCACUAAAGUUCUCAGUGUAGUUACUCCACAUUUAGACUAGUGCAUCUACCAUCAGAAUCUGUUCCACACUCAGAAGGGGAAAAGCCGCCAUUCCUAUUUACAUCUAUAACAGGAGUUGCAAUAAGAGAGCUGGGACGUGCUCUGGAGAGUAAAGUCAUUAGCAGCUGAAUAUGACACAGUAUUGUGGCAUGGUGGAGAAAGAACAAUAAUUUUUUCAAGAUAAUAUUCAGUGAAAAUGUUUCAGUCCAAUGGUCACAUAGACAAUUCCAAGGACAAUUUUUGAGUAGGCCUAGUGACUGGGAUACUGUAACUGCAUUUGUGUGCUAUGUUAAAAUACCUGACUCAUUCUUUCCCUUUCAAGGAAGUUGGUGGUGUUAGUUUGCCUCUGCCAACACAUUCGUCUUGGAAGGUAUUAAAAGUGAUUCCCUGCCCCUCCCCAAGAAUAACAAAACAUGCAGCUUCUGCUGCCUGUGUCUAUCAGGCAAAUCCUUGUUCAAAUGAUAAUGCAAAUUUGCAUAGCUCCACUAACUUCAGGGGAACUAUGCCAGUUUCUACCAUUUGAGGAUCUGGCCCCAUAUUUGCAAAAUUCUGUUUAGGUCCUAUAAGUGUUUGCUAGUAGCAAACAACUGUGCUGGGAACUCUGGGGUACGUAAUUUGGAUACGUGGAACUGUGGUGCUUGGAGACACUGUGGUGUCAAGAUGCAAAAAUCUUUGCAGGAACAAACAGUUCAGGCAACAUUAACUGUAGCAUUUUACUGUGAGCCAGUUUAGUUUCCAAAUGCCUGUCUGUAUUCUGCUUGUUUGUUCAAUUGAUCUGUCUACAUAUUCCUAGAGCACAGAAUUAAAAUACACCGGUGACACAAGUUAUUCAGAUGCUUAUCAAGAGAUCAUAUAUAAUAUCUGUUAUGGUAAUGCACCUACCAUAUAGUGUCCAUAACAUACUCUAAAGAAUGUUGUGGUCACUAUACUUGUAUUAUUGUUAUCACUAUAUGUGAAGCUUUUACAUAUGAUUACCCUGAAUUCUAUAAAGAUCUGAAGUACCUAGAAAUCUUUUUAAAUGGGAUAUUUUAUGCAGCUAUCAUUUUGCCCACUGUGUCUUUCAAGAAAUGUGGCUGCUGAACAGUGAUUCUGCAAAAUGGCAUUAUGUCAUUCCAUAUUUAUUGUGGCUCAUUGAUUUUAUAACAUGUUUAUUUUCUGUCAGCCCUAAAACUCAGCCUGGGAUCUGAGAUUCAAGCUUUGUUCUUUAUUUCUCAUACAUCAUCAUCUGUAAUAAAGUUUCUGCAGGCCAAAUUAGGCUUUCAGUGACAUUUAGGCAACUGCAUUGCCUUCUGUAAUGUUACAUUACACAGGUUGGAUUGGAAUGUAGUAAACACUUGCUGAUGCACAGAAAGGAAUAGAAUCCAACUCGCUCAUUAAUAACUGUAUUGGUUGUGCAAGGCUAAUGGGAGUAGAAAAAAAAUGUAAGUACCUUGGAGCUCUGACUUCAUGAAGGUCUAUUAAUAUGCUGUUCGAUAUUAUAAGCAAACAGGCUGGGACAAAUUUUGUUCCAUUAUACCCGUACUGAAAUCACUGCGGAUGCAAAGGUGUAAAUGAGAGCAGAAUUGGACUUAAUAGAUGUAACAAAAAAUUUAAAAUAUUUAUUUGACUAUUGUUAUUUUAUGAAAUGCUGUUUAUUCAUGUAAACCUUGUGAAAAAAAAUUAACAAGGAAUUGGGAAAGACUGAGAUCAUUUUGUUGAGUAAAUUAUGCAUGCUCCCUGAAAGAAGAGUUAGACCCCACUAGUUUUAGAUACUGAGUCUUACUAUGCCGACCAGUCCAAUAUUUGGCCUAAUAUUAUCUUGCUCUCAACUAGUCAGUUCAUUGAAGCUAAUGGAUUUGCAUGAAGGUAUGAAUCAGGAUACACCAUGUCCAGGGGUGAAAUCUAGGCCCACUGAAAUCAACAGAAAUGUUGUCAUUUAUAUCUGUGAGGCCUGGAUUUUACCCCUGGAAUUUUUUGUGGUUUUGACACACAGGCAAAACAGAUGUAAUUGUAAUGGAAGUUGUGUGCAUUUACUGAAGAGAAAAAUAUACAACAUAAUAUAUAUACAUUGGAAAUGCUUCAGGAACAGUUUAGAGUAUACAGUCAACACAUACAAAUAGAUGUAAUAGUUUAAACACUUGUAUUUUGAGAAGUUAUUUUCCUUCCCUUGUAAAUAAGAUGAAGCAGUUAAUAAAAUUGAUAGUGUGUGUGUUUUUCUUGGACCAAUUGAUUCUGUUUAAUAUUUUCUUGUUUCCUAGGAAGCUUAAUAUGAGUGAGGUGGGUAGCCUGAGGAAUCGCAAAUAUAUAAAAUAAUUUGAAUAACUUUGGCCUAGAAGUUUUUGGUCCUAAUUUGAGCACAUAAGGUUGAUUCAAGUUGUUCAUAAGUUUUGCACUGACCUUCUGCACAGAAGUUAAUUUCACUCAUCAAAAUUAUCCUUCUUAAUUUGUUACCAAAGGUACAGAAAUGUCAGUGUAUCGGUCUUAAUCAUUUCUUGUAUGAAGGAAAGCAAGAAGCAGCCACCAAAACUUUCCAGACCAAAGUUAUACAAAGCAUUGUACCCAUACGACAUAAAUGUAAGACACAGUCCCAUACUCCUUAUGUAGACAAAGCUCAUACUAGGCCUUUUGUGUGUUUUUACUCAUGAUUUCAUGAAGACUAAAUAGCCCUAAACAAGAUGUCGUACAGAAUAAGAAGUUUAUAUAUAUAUAUACCUUAUGUACAGUAGGUUUACCCAUUCCUAACACAUAUAUAUGCGCAUACAUGCACUUUGUAUAUGAGUUAGGAGUGGGUAACUACUGUAUAUGAGUAUAGAGUUACAGCAAAUUCUCCCUAUCAUCAAACCAGAGUAAACCAAAUGAAAUUUGUAUGUAUGUUUAAAGAUAUUGCACUUUAUAGUAUUUUAUGUUGCAUAAUUUUCUUAGUGUAAAGCAAAGCCAUUUAAAAAAAGGCAGCUCAUUUUUUGAUUCUGAAUAUGGGCAUUAAUUUUUAAAUAAUCUACUAUGCAUCUCUGUUACUUAAUGUUUAAUAUAAAAUAUUAAGUCAAUCAUCAUAUGUUAGCAAAGUGCUGACACUUUCUUACAAAUACACAACAAUCCUAUCUUCUGAUGAAAAAAAGACAAAACAGGAAUCAAAUGUUAAUGUGGUAAUUAACAAAAUGACCUCAGAUAGGUAGAAUAACACAUAUACGUUGGGCCAUAUUCUACCCUUAGUCACACAAGCACAACUUUACUAAAGACAAUGAGAUAAGAGAAAGUAGAAUUUGCCCAUAUUCUUAAUGUUUACAGCAUGACUUUAAAAAAUGAUGUGCAUUAUUUUUGCAGCAAGGCAUUUAUAUCCUGCAGCAAUCCUGCAGUCCAUGUACACCCAAAAGUUUUGGGGUUGCAAAGAAUUAAGUCUCAGGCGUAAUAUGACAAUUAAUUCACAUCACUACUCUAAUAUAUUCCCCAAAUGAAACCUCAGUAAAAUAAGCACCUUGUGUUUUAAAUUUACAGAAACUAAGAUACUUCUAUCACAAUUCCUACGGUAUUUAAUUCUCCAGAGUCAGACUAUCUGCUGAAAAGCAACAACUUUGAAAUUAUUGUCAAAAAUAAACAUUGUAGAUGUUACUUUUUUGUUUUUGUUAUCUGGUCUCAGUUCCUCAUAAGGGGCCUACUCCUGCAAUCCUAAAGCCAAUAAGACUACUUACAGGAAUAAGAACUACUUAAGUUAGUAGGGAUUUGCAAGAUCAGCCCCAUAUGUUGUCACUUGAAAAAUUUAGUAGUAUGUUAUAAAUGACAACUAGAUGUUAUUUUUGUAAUAAACUAUUUUUUUUAAAUGCAGCAGUUUUCAAACUCUUUGUUCCUUUAUUUUUAACUUAAAGGAAAAGAAAGCUGGAGCCCUAGCCUUAUUUAUUUAUGUAAAAUAAUCUUUUGUCAUGGAAAACAGACUUGUGUAGCCCCGAGAUAAUUACAAGCUUGUGUGUGUGUGUUGAUCAUUAUUCACUGAAUGAAACUGUACUAUAACUCUGCAUUGAUAUAUUCUCUGAAUACAAGUUUGUAUAUAGUAUGAAAGCUAUAUUUAUUUACACAUAGGCUCUUGGAAAUAAUCCCUUGCUGUCAAAUGUACUACUUCACUAUAAUUACAGAACUUUUCACUGUGCUUGUGUAUUCUCUUUCACACUAAUGUAUCAUCCUUGUACUACUGAUAAUCAGCUCCUCAUGUAAGUCACUUUAUGUAACUAAGU